AUCGCAAUCCCCACGACCAUCAUCUUCCGUCUGCAUCUGCCCAUGCUCAGGAGGAUAGGCGUGGCAUGCAUUUUCCUCAUUAGUUUUGUGUCGCUUGGCUGCUGCAUAGGCGGGACAGAGCUCCGCUACAAAGCCAUGUCGUUCGAAGACCUGUGGCUCUCCGUCAGAUUCCAAGCGCUGCUCGUGGCCGAGGUCAACAUCGGAAUCUUUUGCGCCUGCGUCCCCGUUUUCGUCGCCCUGUUGAAGACGUGGGUGCAGAUAGCAGAGUCUGCGUUGACGUAUCUACGACAACAUCUGGCUUGUCGCGGGAGCAAGGAAGCAGUUGAAAUGGGCAACUCGGACGUGCAUUCUCCUACUCCUCCUGCUCAUGACCAUUAUCUCACACAGAAGAUUGCGAGCGGCACCUUGACGAGACUGAAAUCGAUGUUCCAUCGGGCCGGGCAUGAUUCGAACCAGAGCUCUGAAGGUCUUUCACAGUUGACACAGUUCCCUGAGCUCCGAUCAGUCGACUACGACUACCAUGUUCAGAUAUGGAGAUAUUCGCCCCGCGGGAGGGAAAGGUCGUUGAUACCCGCUAAGAGGCACACGCGAGCUACCGAGGGGAGAUGAGGCCUUUGUCUAAGCUGUGAUCAAGAGGGUCUUGUAUAUUUCGACGGUGUGCGAAUGGCGAUCCCAUUAUAUCAUCUGAUUUUACAUCUCUUGAUGUCCUGUUGGAUUUUUCCCUUCUUGUUCUUUUUUUCUCUGAGCGUGGUACAUACAAUAAUGCAGAGGAAAGACGCUACUUGUAGCGUAUAGAGCGUCCCACAUGUCUCAAAGCCCUCUAUUCCCGCAUAGUCUUCCCUCCGAACAGCGUGGGUCAUCCCAAAAUGCUUCUGCCAAGAGGGGCGUCACCACUAACCGCCUAUGAUGAUGUGACUCGACAGUGCAUGCCUGAGCUUGUGCUACGUUCCACUAUCAGAGCGCCUGACCUCGCCAGGGAUCAUCAUGGACGUCUGGAUGGAUGGACCGGGGCGCUCGUUGCAACCCGACGGGCAUCAUCGCAUCAUGUCCGCCAUAUAACUGUCGAGUCAAUUUUCUGACAUACAUUCUACCAGGAUCCACGCCUGGGCUUCGCCGAAUGCAUUUGUUGAUUUGCCAUGCUCCGCAAGGCUGGGCAACCUAGAGUCAAGACCAUGACAUGCGGUUCGGCUCGGUUCGGUCCCCAUCCCAGGCACUCUGCGAGCCUGGCUCAAAUAGCGAGGGA